AUGCUGCCCAGCCAGGCCCGGGGGCCGGCGGCCCCGGGGGCCGGCCUGCCCCGCGCCUCGGGCGGCCCGGCCCGCCUGGAACGGGAGGCGGCCCCGGUGGGGCCCCCGGGAGCGGGGCCCCCCUACAGCGGCAGCGAGGGCGACUCCGACUCGGGCGACGACGAGGAGCCCGGGCCCGCGCCGGGACCGGGGCCGGGGCCCGACCGCCGGGGCCCCAAGCGAGGCCUGGCCGACAUGGAGGGACCCGGGGCCGGCGGACCCGAGCCCAACGCCGCCAACGCCGCCAACGCCGCCGCCUUCGGCCCCGGAGGAGGAGCAGGAGGAACCGGCGGCGGAGGCGGAGCCGUCAGCGGCGCCAAGCCCGGGAAGAAGACCCGCGGGCGGGUGAAGAUCAAGAUGGAGUUCAUCGACAACAAGCUGCGCCGCUACACCACCUUCAGCAAGAGAAAGACCGGCAUCAUGAAGAAGGCCUACGAGCUGUCCACCCUGACGGGAACGCAGGUGCUACUCCUGGUGGCCAGCGAGACGGGCCACGUGUACACGUUCGCCACCCGCAAGCUGCAGCCCAUGAUCACGAGCGAGACGGGCAAGGCCCUCAUCCAGACCUGCCUCAACUCCCCCGACUCGCCGCCCCGCUCCGACCCCACCACCGACCAGCGCAUGAGCGCCACGGGCUUCGAGGAGACCGACCUCACCUACCAGGUGUCCGAGUCUGACAGCAGCGGGGAGACCAAGGACACCCUGAAGCCCGCCUUCACCAUCACCAACCUGCCGGGCACCACCUCGACCAUCCAGACGGCGCCCAGCACUUCCACCACCAUGCAGGUCAGCGGCGGGCCUUCGUUCCCCAUCACCAACUACCUGGCCCCCGUGUCCGCCAGCGUCAGCCCCAGUGCCGUCAGCAGCGCCAACGGGACCGUGCUGAAGAACGCGGCCAGCGGCCCCGUCUCCUCCGGAGGCCUCAUGCAGCUGCCCACCAGCUUCACCCUGAUGCCCGGUGGAGCGGUGGCCCAGCACGUCCCGGUUCAGGCCAUCCAGGUGCACCAGGCCCCUCAGCAGGCUUCCCCCUCCAGCGACAGCAGCUCAGACCUCACCCAGACCUCCUCCAGCGGCGCGGUGACGCUGCCGGCCACCAUCAUGACGUCGUCGGUGCCCACGACGGUGGGCGGCCACAUGAUGUAUCCCAGCUCCCACACGUUGAUGUACGCGCCCACCUCGGGGCUGGCCGACGGCAGCCUCGCCGUGCUCAACGCCUUCUCGCAGGCGCCUUCUGCCAUGCAGGUCUCUCACGGGCAGGUCCAGGAGCAAGGCGGCGUCCCUCAGGUGUUCCUGACGGCUCCGUCCGGGACCGUGCAGAUCCCCGUCUCCGCCGUCCAGCUUCACCAGAUGGCCGUGAUCGGGCAGCAGGCGGGAAGCAGCAGCAACCUGACGGAGCUACAGGUGGUGAACCUGGACGCCACACACAGCACCAAGAGCGAGUGAGCGGCCCUGGACCGACGGGACGAUGGACAGGCGGACGGCGUCACUUAUUUAUUGUUGCCUUUUUCACGUUUUCUUCACACACACGUCGACGGGCCGCGGGAGGGAGGCAGGGGAAGGCCGGCGGCCCCCGGGACUGAGCCCUCCCGCUCCAGCCAAAGAAACGGGCCCGGCCUGACCCCGACUCCGCGUCUCCUUCCCCUCUUUCCCCUCCCCUCCCUCCCCCUCCGGCUUGGCUCGCUGUUUGCCACGAGUAUUACCUCCCCCGACGGGCCCCGUGGUCCCUCGGGUGCCCCCGCCGCCGUCCCCCCCGCCCCUCCCGGGCCCCGGCCUCCCGCCGUCCGCGGGCCGGAGCCGUCUCUGCCGCAGGCUGGACGAGAAACGCCCCUCAGGUUGCCGCCGGAAAGCCGUCCGCCCUUCCCCGC